AUGCUGUGUUUCUCACUCCUGCUGGCGAGUCUCUUGACUCCCGCUGCACCAUCUGCCACCCUGGACAAGCGACAACUCCCUCUGUCGACAUUUGUUCCCCAGGAGCAAGCCAUCGCCAUCCAAGGUGUCCUAGCCAAUAUCGGUGGCCUCAACUCCAGUCUGGUCCCAGGUGCCAGCCCAGGUGUUGUCGUUGCGUCCCCCUCGACAGUCAAUCCAGAUUACUUCUACACCUGGACCCGUGACUCGGCUCUGACCUAUAGAAUGCUCAUUGAGGAACUGAUAUUCGGCAACUUGACCCUCAGAAAAACCAUCGAGGAUUAUACCACCGCCCAGGCCACUUUGCAGACAAUCACCAAUCCGUCAGGCUCGCUCUGGCCAGCAGGCGAUGGCCUCGGGGAGCCCAAGUUUUAUACCAACCUGACUAGGUUUGACGGGACUUGGGGUAGGCCACAGCGAGAUGGCCCGGCUUUGAGGGCCAUUGCAUUCAUGGAACUCGCCCCGGUCUUGUUCAACUUAAAAGAGACAGCGCUGUACAAGCAAAUCUACUGGCCACUGGUACUCAACGACCUCAGAUAUGUGGGCCAAUAUUGGAACCAGACCGGAUAUGACCUCUGGGAAGAAGUCCACGGCUCGUCUUUCUUUACUCUUGCCAAUCAGCACCGCGCCCUUGUCCAAGGAGCUCUCCUGGCAAAGCAGCUCAACACAACCUGCCAACCCUGUGCACAGGCUCCUCAAAUCCUCUGCUUCUUGCAAAACAACUUCUGGAAUGCCACCGGAGGAUACCUGACAGCCGAUGUGAAUGUCAACAACGUGGUCCGGAGCGGUAUCAAUUCGGACCCCAUUUUGGCAAGCAUUUCGGUGUUUGAUGCGAACACGACAUGCAAUGCCAGCGGCAAGCAAUCCCUCCCACCCGAGAUCCCCUUUCCUUCUUCUGACAUUCUGGUCGACAGCUUCCGUAGCAUCUACCCGAUCAACAACAACGCACAGCCUCCCAACGCUGUCCUCAUCGGCAGAUACCCGGAAGACACCUAUUAUGGCGGGAACCCCUGGCCACUCUGCACACUGGCCGCUGCAGAAUUGCUUUAUGAUGCCGUCCAUCAGAUCAGAACCGCCGGCCAACUGACGGUCGACAACUACAGUCUUCCCUUCUUCAGAGAUCUCUCCCCCAUCGUCAGUGUUGGAAAGUAUACGGGAGACGUGCUGAACCAAAUCUUGAUCAACAUGACGACCUACGCUGACGGCUUUGUUUCGGCCGUCCAGCCACACCUCCCUGCCAACGGCAGCAUCUCAGAACAAUUCGACCGUAGCACCGGUUACUCCACCUCGGCAUCCAAGUUAACCUGGUCAUUCGCGUCCUUCGUCACCAUGUCCCGUCGCCGGGCGGGCCAGUUCCCCCUGAGCUGGGGUGCCUCGACCGCGUUAGCGAACACGAACCUGACAAGCGGCCAAUGUCGCGGAACGAGCUUCAACGCUACGGGGAACUAUACUCCAGCCCUCGCAGCGGGGGCUCCGAAUAUCACCAAGGACUGCGAAUCGGAGGUGGUCUUCAGCGUCAACGCCACGACGGCAUUCGGACAGAACAUCUUCAUGCUGGGCAACGUCACGAAACUGGGCGGCGCGCUGAAUAAUCCUGAUGCCAUCAUCCUGCCCUUAAACCCGGGCAACUACACGUCCACCACGCCGGAAUGGUACGUCGACCUGUGGCUCAAGGCCGGCCAGACGGUCGCGUACCAGUACGUUAUGCAGAAGGGCUCGGAAUGGGUGUUUGAAGAGCACGCCGUGCGGACAUUGCGCGUUGGCGGGUGUGGGAGCGGCGUUGUCGCCCGGGCGAGCGACGCAGCUACUUUUCCUUCUUCUUAG